UAUAAGACCUCCCAUUAAGGGAGAGAGAAAGGGAUAGAACUGUGUUUUCAUUUGGUAUCGGGAUUGGAAGAAAAAGACUCAAUGGUGGAGAGGAUCAAGAUAAUUACUACCGGCAUCUAAUGGUCACUAGGUUGGCCAGAAAAGUAGCUGGUCAUCUUAGCGGCAAUCUACAGAUUGGUUUUCUCAAGCCUUUCUUCUUUUAUCUAUUUGGGUCUUCGCCUUUUCACCUCUUUUCUUCUGUCUUUCAUCUGGUCUAUUCUGUACUUUGCGCUCCCAUCCGUCUUUCUUCUCCUCUUUCUCCUCCGCUCUUUCAUUCCAUGCCGUGUUUCUGUCAACUGCUCUGAGAUGGACUGUACAAUAGAUGACAGGGUGUGAGCGAAGACAUGGCAGACCAAGAGAACACUGAGGAGCUAGCAGCUCCUGCUGCUGAGGAGAGCACAGCCACUGUCACGGCCACUGAGGCAGAGCAGACAGACACAUGGAGGAUAGAGGUGGUGUCUGUGACUGAUGACGACCUUCCGACGGUCGAUACCCCGACCACAUUGAAUGUCAGUUCCCUCGACAGCCCCAAUGACACCCCUCUACCCGACACUGCCAAACCUGAACCCACCACUGAGCCCAAAGCCCCGCCCCCUGCCCCACCAAGUCCAGCCAUGCCAAUCACUAAGGUCCAGCCUUUCAUGAAUGGAUUCUAUGCCGACAUUUGA